AUGGCGGACCGUGAUCGAACUCGAGACCGCGACCGUGAACGGGAUCGUGAGCGUGACCGAGAAAGGGACAAGGAUAGAGACAGAGAUCGGAAACGAGACCGGGAAGACCGUGAUCGGAGAGACCGUGAACAUUCUUUUACCCCUGACCUUAACAGAACUACUCGGCAUACCCGCUCCCUUGAUGUUUUGACUUCAAAGAAGAAGCGUAAAGUAAAAGAGAUUGCAUCUACAAGCAAUAAACAAGACAAAUCAGUUGAUGUUUUGAUUUCAAAGAAGAAGCGUAAAGGAAAAGAUAUUGCAUCUACAAGUAAUAAAGAAAAUGCCCAAUCUGAUUCAGUUGAACAACUACAUUUUGGAAGAAUUGAGGUAUCGAGGGGAUGUACUAUCUCUGCAACUGUCAGUUUCUAUUUUUCAAAUUCCUCAAAACCAGUUAUACAAAGUGAUCCAGAAAUACCAGAUGCUACCAUAGUUGAACUUUCACAAUGUUCACUGUUCUGA